AGUACAGUUCUGCAGUUACCAAUGACUCCAUUCACAAAACUGCUUUUUGUGCCAAGUUUACUCCUAAUGCUUGUCGCUGUAUCAGAUGCAUCAGGCAUGGCUAGCGCCCCAGGUUAUGCAAGAUGCAUGAUCAAGAGAUACAGGCAUUGCUAUAACCUGGAGCAGACUUGCCCUUCAUUCUGCCAUAAUGGCUGCAUAGUCGAAUGUGUCUCUUGCAUGCCUAUGUGUGUUGGAGACUCGAGCCCGAUCCUAGACUAUUCUAUUUCUUUGCCAAACCCUCUCACUCUUCUUCCACUAGAAUUCCCAAAAUCUCAUACCCGUUCGUUGCUAAAUGUUCAUCCAUCAGAGUCUGAUGGCAAAGGUCCACCAAAAUCUGAAGGAUCUAAUGAAAAGCCAUCACCUCCAGAACAGAGCGGCGAUGAUGGUGGUGAAUCUGAAGGAUCUAAUGAAAAGCCAUCACCUCCAGAACAUAGCGGCGAUGAUGGUGGUGAAUCUGAAGGAUCUAACAAAAAGCCUUCACCUCCAGAAGACAGCAAUCAUGAUGAUGGAUCUAACAAAAAGCCUUCACCUCCAGAAGACAGCAAUCAUGAUGAAUCUGAAGGUUCUAACAAAAAGCCUUCCCCUCCAGAAGACAACGGCCAUGACAAAUCUGAAGGAUCUCACAAAACGCCUCCACCACCAAAUUCUGAUCAUCCACCAUCUCAAACCCCUCCAAUUUAUGUAACUCCGCCCUCAACUCCAUCAUCUUCGCCAUCAUCACACUCACCUCCUACCACCACUCCAUCUUCACCGCCAUGGUCAACACCUCCUACUAUCACUCCUACUUCGCCUUCACCUCCAUCUCAAUCCACACCUUCUCCAACACCUCCUCCCACCACUCCAUCUUCACCUUCACCAACACCUCCUACUACCACUCCCUCUUCACCUUCACCUCCAUCUUCAUCCACUCCUUCACCAACACCUCCUACUACCACUCCCACUUCGCCUUCACCUCCAUCUCAAUCCACACCUUCUCCAACACCUCCUACCACCACUCCAUCUUCACCUUCACCAACACCUCCUGCUUCACCUUCACCUCCAUCUCAAUCCACACCUUCUCCAACACCUCCUACCACCACUCCCUCUUCACCUUCACCUCCAUCUUCAUCCACUCCUUCACCAACACCUCCUACUACCACUCCUACUUCGCCUUCACCUCCAUCUCAAUCCACACCUUCUCCAACACCUCCUACCACCACUCCAUCUUCACCUUCACCAACACCUCCUACUACAACUCCCUCUUCACCUUCACCUCCAUCUCAAUCCACACCUUCUCCAACACCUCCUACUACCACUCCACCUUCGCCUUCGCCUCAAUCUUCAUCAACACCUCCCAACACUACUGCUUCACCAUCUACACCUACUCCAACACCUCCUACAACACCAUCUAAUCCUUCUCCACCAUCAACUCCUACUCCAUCUCCACAUACUCCCACUCCACCUACUUCCUCUUCUCCCCCUCCAUCGACUCCUUCUACCUCACCCAAGACAGCCCGGUGUAAAAACAAGUACUACCCCAGAUGUUACAACACUGAGCAUGUGUGUCCCAGUGCAUGCCCUGGUGGAUGUGAAAUUGAUUGCGCCACUUGCAAGCCUGUUUGCAAGUGUGAUAGACCAGGAGCAGUGUGCCAAGACCCUCGUUUCAUUGGUGGUGAUGGCAUUACCUUCUACUUCCAUGGCAAGAAGGACCGCGAUUUCUGCCUUGUAUCUGACCCGAACCUCCACAUCAACGCACAUUUCAUUGGAAAGCGAAAUGAGAACCUAACGCGGGACUUCACUUGGGUCCAGUCCAUUUCUAUCUUCUUCGACAAACACCAACUCUUCCUUGGUGCACUUAAAGCAUCUACAUGGGAUGACUCUGCGGACCGCCUCUCUCUCGCUUUUGACGGAGAGCCCCUGAACUUCCCAGGCAAUGAAGGCUCCAAAUGGCAAUCCACAAGUGUGCCAAGGGUAUCCAUCACUAGAAUUAGUGACAGCAAUAAUGUCGUAGUUGAAGUUGAAGGACUCCUAAAGAUCACAGCAAAGGUUGUGCCUAUAACUGAAGAGGAUUCAAGAAUUCACAAUUAUGGCAUAACCAAGGACGAUUGUUUUGCUCAUCUUGAUCUUGGUUUCAAGUUUUACUCUUUAAGUAACGAAGUCGACGGUGUGCUGGGCCAAACAUAUAGACCAGGAUAUGUGAGUCGUGUAAAUGUGGGUGCGAAGAUGGCUGUGAUGGGAGGAAACAAAGAGUUUGCGACUUCAAGCUUAUCCACCCCAGAUUGUGCUGUAGCCCGUUUCAGAGGUGGUAAUGGCUUUGAAGGGGCAGGCUACAUGGGGGGUCUUGAGUUACCAAGCAUGAGAUGUGCAAGUGGGAUUGAUGGUGAAGGAGUUGUGUGCAAGAGAUAGGCUUAAUUGUGAAUCAAUUAUGAGCCGCGUGCAUUAAUACGAUUGAUAUAAAGAAUAAGGUUGAAAAUCACUGGGGACAAAAAUAAAAUAAAAAAGAAACCCUCUUGUACUGCACAUUUAAAAGCUUCAUGACAUCAAUUGUGUCUUGAUAAAAAAAAAUUCCGGCAAUUUAAAACUGAAUUUUCUUCUGUUGAAUCUCAAUAAAAAUUCUAAUGAUUUUCGUCUUUUUCAAGGGUCUUCAUCAUCGAAUGACUUGCUAUCAGAAUCUACCUGUUUAUUAGAACUACAUAUCUCCACAGGAACAUUGAAAGAUAUUUGUUGUGCAAGUUCGAGCAGAGAUAAUUCUAAAUUUUUUUAUGGCUAAACACUUCAUAGGGCUGCCAGCCCCGUUACAAGGCUUACAAAAACAGAGCAAUAAUGUUGAAAUAGAAUAUAUUUUCGACAUUUUGAUGGCCUUAGCUCACCAUGAAGUUUCUGAAAUUGAGUUAAUGAGGCAGGAUAUAAAGUGAAACUCAAAAGUUGAAUUAAGAUGGACAAUGGAAUGAAGUACAAUUUGGUGCAUUUUCGUAACGUAUUAUUUAUAGUCAUGUAACGUAUUUGAACAAAGUAAUAUUUUCGUAUCUUCAGCCCUCUUGAGA